AUAGCAAAAAGCUUCCGCGAUCUUCAUCAUCUGGUUUCGAAUCAUAAGUGGAGAUGGGUUUCAUUAUGGAGUUCGCGGAGAAUUUGGUGCUAAGGUUAAUGGAGAAUCCAGAGGAGAGAGACAGGAAAGCGAGGGAGCACAUAUAUGAGAUGCAUGAGAGGUGCAAGAAGAUUAAGGAGAUGUGGGCAUUACCUAUUCGUCCUUAUGGAUUUUGGACAUUUGAGCGUCACAACGCUCAGCUUCGUUGGGAUCCUCAGAUCAGUCAGGUCGCUGGUCGAAGGGAUCCUUAUGAUGAUCUUCUUGAGGACAACUACACUCCUCCUUCCUCUUCUUCAUCUUCAGACUAAUCAAACAAUGAUAGAAGAUGUGUUAUGCUGUCUGGAUGGAUAUGUCUGUUUUCAAGCUAUUUUUUUCUCGGAAUUUUACUCUCUUCUGUUUCUGUUUGUUCUUAAGGUGUCUGGGAGCUUGGUACAACCAAAACUCAAAUAAAAACUCCGAACUUGUUUACAAACGAGAAAGAAAUAAUGCUCAUUGGUUCUUAGUAAAGUUGUUUUGUUUCU